AUGGAUUCACAUGCAAAGCGUCUUGAUAAUUUAAAUAAUCGUCUUGAAUCUGUUACAAAUCAGUUACAAUCAUCGAUUGGUAAAACUGGUACAAGUCAUAAAAAUUCUUCGAAUGAGAAUAUAGAUAAUUUACCUGUUUUACGUGAUUAUAAUGCAAUUAUAAAUGAUAGUUUUGCAUCAUUUGUGAUGAUUUCACGUAAAAUUGGUGGUGAAUUAUCAACAGUCAUUGAUCAUGUUAAACGUUUAUUUGAUGCUCAACGAGAAUUUCUUCGACAAGCAAUACAAACUAAAAAACCUACUAAUGAUCAACAAAUAGCAGAAUUAAUUAAACCACAAUCAAAUGAAAUUGAAAAAAUUGUUGCUUUUACAAAUAACAAUCGUAAAUCAACAUUAUUUAAUCAUUUAUCAUCAAUAUCUGAAGGUAUUCCAGCAUUUGGUUGGAUUCUUGUUUCACCAACGCCUGCACCACAUAUUAAAGAAAUGUUAGAUGCUGCACAAUUUUAUACUAAUCGAGUUUUAAAAGAUUUCAAAGAAAAAGAUUCAAUUCAUGUUGAAUGGGUUAAACAAUGGAUAAAAAUAUUAAAUGAAUUACAUGCAUAUGUUAAACAAUAUCAUACAACUGGUUUAACAUGGGGUACAUAUAAUCAACGUGAUGCAAAUACUUUUGUUCGAAAUCCACCUCCUCCAACAUCUUCAUUGUCAAAUAUGCAAAUUGAUGAUUGUUCAUCACCAACUGGAGUUAUGAAUUCAAUUAAUGCUUUGGGUACAAAUGCAACAAUUCAUUUAAAAAAAGUACCCGAUGAACUUAAAGUUCAUAAAAAUCCUAAUUUAAAAGAACAACCAAGUGAACGUUCAAAUAAAUUGCCAAUGAAUACAUCAAACACAUCAUCAAAUUCAGUUACUGGUCCAUCCAAAUUAGCUCUUGAAGGCAACAAAUGGGUUGUUGAAUAUCAAAAUGGUCGAACAGAUUUAAAAAUAACAGAAACAAGCAUGAGACAAACAAUAUAUAUUUAUAAAUGUUCAAACUCAACAAUAACAAUUCAAGGUAAAGUUAAUUCAAUUGUACUUGAUCAAUGUACAAAAGUUGGCAUACAAUUUACAUCUGUUGUAUCAUUAAUUGAAUUUAUUAAUUGUCGUCAAGUUAAAGCACAAGUUCUGGAAAAUGUACCAACAAUUCAAAUUGAAAAAACUGAUGGAUGUCAUGUUUAUUUAUCUAAAAGUUCAUUAAAUACAGAAUUUAUAACAUCAAAAUCAUCUGAAAUGACAAUUAAUGUUCCAUUUGGUGAUGGCGAAUAUAAAGAAUAUCCAAUACCGGAACAAUUUAAAACAUGUUUACAAGGUGGAAAACAACUUGUCACUGUACCAAAUGAAUCGUCAGGUGUUUAA